AUGGGUGGAUCUUUUUCAAGUACAUGGACGCAAUCGUUCCCUCCCAAGCCAACCUUUACCGAAAAAGAUGUGCCCGAUCUCAAAGAAAAGGUCUACAUCGUCACUGGUUCCAACACUGGCGUGGGCAAGGAGCUAGCCCGGAUGCUCUAUUCCAAAAAUGCCAAGGUCUACAUCGCCGCCAGAUCCGAAGACAAGGCCAAGACUGCUAUGGCCGACAUCAAGAAGGCGUCACCCGACUCCUCGGGUUCAAUGGACUUUCUUCGCCUAGACUUGGCGGAUCUUACUACUAUCAAAUCAUCUGCUGAUAGCUUCCUAUCCAAGGAGAAGAAGCUUCACGUGCUGUUCAAUAAUGCGGGUAUCCAGAGCCCAGACCCCGGGGUAACUGCCCAGGGCUAUGAGGCUCAUCUUGGCGUCAACUCACUCGGGACUUUCCUGUUCACCAAGCUUCUGACGCCAAAGCUCGUCGAGACAGCCAAGAGCGAGCCGGCUGGGACGGUACGAGUCAUUUGGGUUUCGUCUGCAGCGACAGAGAUUGUGGGUGAAAAGUCUGUUGGCCUUCAUCUGGACAACCUUGACUAUCAUAUCAACAAGUCUGAGAUGUACAAGUAUGGCAUGAGCAAAGUUGGCAACUACUUGCAUGGUGUCGAGUAUGCAAAGAGGCAUCGAUCCGACGGGGUCGUCAGUGUUCCUCUGAACCCAGGAAACCUUCAGUCAGAUCUUUAUAGGGACCGGACUUCACUCUUGUUCAAGUUCAUGGUCAAGUAUUUGAUGUACCCUCCGGUACUCGGGGCUUACACCGAGCUCUACGCCGGACUGUCUCCUGAUAUCACUAUUGACAAGACCGGUAGCUGGGUAAUUCCCUUUGGCCGUAUUCAUCCGAUCAGAAAGGAUCUCACCGAGGCCACGAGGACGAAGAGCGAGGGAGGAAACGGAACCGGGCUCAAGUUUUGGCAGUGGAGUGAGACGGAAGUGAACAAGUACCUAUAA